ACGUAAUGGAAUCGAUUAGUCAGUAUUGAUUACCCAGGGUAUAAAUGAAGCAAUGCGGUGCAUUAUGUGAAUUGUCAUAACUGAAUUGGACGAAGGUGUAUACAGAGAGAUUAAGUAAAAAGGUGCAUUUUGAAAUAUUAUUAUAAAUCCUAUAUAAAUCAUCAUGGCGAGUACUGAGCGAUGUGAGAGCAAGCUUUCCUUAGUAUCCAACUUGAGUAUGAUAGUGUCCGACACUCCCUCGAAGCAUCUUGUGGAAGUUAAAUCCUUCUUAAAUCCACCCGAAGGAGUUAAAGAUACAAUGGAAGCAUGCCUUUUACUUCUGGGCGAUAUCGAAAAGGCUGGCGGAGACUCGUGGAAACAAGCCAAGAAAACAUUGGGCGCUCCUGGUCAAUUAAAAAUCAGGAUUACAAAUUUGAACCCUGACACCGUUACUGAUCAGAGGAAGAAAGCGGCUCGUGAUAUAUUGGCCAAAUACGACCACGACAGCAUGAUGAAAAUCAGUAAUGCCAUGACAUCGUUGUAUGAUUGGGCAAAGGCUGUUGCUGAGUGAUAAAAACUGAUGCCGAGGAAACACAUACAUACUUUUCAAAAACUUGUGUGGAAUAGACACUACACAACAAUUCUUUACGUAUAACAUCACAGUUAAUAUGGUCUGUGGCAUGGACGGUGUGGGAUCCGCCAGAUUUGUCAAUAACGCUUCCGCAAAAUGACACAUUCUAUCUCCGUAUGCAAUCGUAACUACUCGGCCAUCUCCGGCAAGAUCGGGAUAGUUUAUUUCGAGGGUGUUCCGAUUGAUGAAUAUACGGAUGCUUAAUUAACAAAUAACUGUUUGAUAUUAUAAGGAAGGAUUGUAUUUGCAGAGGAAAUGUGUAUGCCAAUUGUCUGUUUUAUCUCGAAGUAUUUCAAAAAGGCCGUUCAAGUCCAUUUUUUUAUUGUUCAUAUAGAGCAAAAACAACAACACAACAACACUGCUAAAAGUAAAAUGUACUGUUGGUCAUAUAUUUUCAUAUAAGAACUUACAAAUUAAAACCCUAUAGAAUUAUACCAAAACUAGAUGGUGCUGCCAUGAAUAAACAUUGUGGAUAACGGAGCUAUUAACUAACAAGCCUAUGAGUGUAGUGGGUUUCAUAAUGAUUUGAAGCAUUAUAUUAUUCUGAAAUAUAUUUUAUGGUCAACUCACAAAAAAAAAUCCCCUAUGUAUUUUUGUUAUAGUUGUUGUUGUUGUUAUUGUUGUUGUUUUUUAUUUAUCUUAUUUGGAACUAUCCUUAUCAUAUUUAUCACACUGGCUUCAUUACUAUUUACUGAUGAUGUAAAAAAGAAAAACUAAUAAAGUAUGUACGUACAUUAUAAUAUGUCAUGUGCUCCUCAAUUCAUAUAUGUGUUGAGCAUGAAUAAAACUUGUUUAUCAACCCA